AUGGGGAUAUACCCCGUAAUAGGAAAGAUGCUGGUUCCGGUCGAUUCUUCUGGCCGUGUUGUAGACGGGACGAAGGGAAUGGAAGGUUCCAUUUGCGAUGACCUGGGAGAGAGCUCCAAGGCGUUCCUCUUCUCUCGUGAAACCGCUGAAUCACGGUGUUUGAAGGCCGCAUUCAUUAUAGCUCUUUUCAAAGCUGGAAAAGAGUGUCUCUUGACGGACUCCUUCAUGCAGCUCCCUGCAGUGUCUGUUGCCUUGCCUAGAACACCUGAAGACUGGGGGACCACCGACCGGGAACGAUCCGUUGGAAGCGGGAAGAGCUCGAGUUCCUCAAAACAGCUGUCAUCAUCAAACUCGGGUGAAGGUCUGGAGAAUCUUUUCAAAAAGAAGUUGCAGCGUAAUAGCAAGGAGAGCAGCCUGAGGGGGAGUGGAGUGGGAUGCCCAAGCCCGGUCCCCUUACCGGGGGAUCAUAGUCUAGGGAGGGGAACUCCCAUUGCCAUCCCCUCUGCCCCCCAGUCCGCCCCUAGGAAUAUCAUCCCGCGCAUGCGCAAUAGCGUCGAGGGCCUCAACCAGGAGAUCGAACGCCUCGUACUCAAGGGCAUGAACUCCCACCACGAUCACCUGGUUCGAGAGCCCUCAGACGGACGAUGUGCCCCGGUGAAAGAACUCCUGCGGAUAGGAACUCGGUCGGUGGACACUCAGACCCCAUCGGAUGGGAACGGGAUGAGCCCCUUGAUCCCUUUGCAUGACCAGAACGAUGUUGAGCAGAAGAGCUGGACCCCGGAGGUGGAGUUGUAUUUGGGGACGUCACCUUCCAUCAAGGGAUUCUCUGCGCGGGAACCCCCUGAUGGAUGCGAGAAACCCAAGGUUCCUCUCAAGAUCGAAGAUGCCAGGUUGAAAUUUGAAGAGGACACAAUGGACUUCUUCCCCAAGCACCCCCUGGUCACUUUUGAGCUCAAGCCCAGCUCUGGCUCUGCAUUCUAUCCACUUUGCAAGUCCUACCUAGGCAGAGCCAAUGAGGCCAAUCUCAACAAUACGGGUUAAGACGAACAGAUUAUCCUCCUCCUCCUCCAACUCUUCACAUGCAUUCAGCCAUCUUCCCUCCCUCUUCUCUCUUGUCUUCUGCAUUUCUACUUUCCUUGUGUAAUGGAGACUGAGAGAAGAGAAGAGAGGUGCUUCCAUUCUGUGUGGCCUGUUUGUUGUGUUGUGCGGAGGGCCAAAACUCAAAUUUUUUUGUUGAUUUGGUGCUGCUGCAAAGGUGUCAUUUGCUGCCACACGUGAUCCCCAAGGGAGAAAAGACUAGCAUCUCUCUCCCUUCUACCCCCCCCCCCACCUCAUCCUCCUUCAAUUCAAUUCAGCAAAUCAUGAGAG